UAAAUCCCCUCUUGCGGCUCCGCCCCGGUUGCCGAAUCUUCCCCGGCUUCGACCGAAGAACGCCUCCCAGCUCCUCGAGGCACCGAGACUCCCGGCGGCGCAGACAGACCGCAUUACCGGCGCCGACGCUCGCCCCAGACCUAUCGCUGCCGAAUCCUGUGUCCCAUCCCGCCGCCGCCGACGCCGCCAACGCCGCCAACGCCCGCCGUCCCUCUUCUCCGGCGUCAGCCUGACAUUCUCUCCGGGCCAGGUUUUGAGUCGUCUUUGAUCAAGAUGGUCAAAAUUGAAGAUUUUGAUGAGGAUGGCGCUGUUAGCGCUCGCGCCGGGGUUCUUAGGAAUGCUGGUGUGGACCCACAGCCUGAUCUCACGCAUGCUAGUGUUAAGCUGGAGGAAGGUCAGCCAAGCUCGUCAUCCAAUAAUUUGAGAUCACAAUUUAUUGGCAUGGGAUUUUCACCAAUGAUGGUUGACAAGAUGAUUCAGAAACAUGGUGAUCAUGAUUCUAACACUAUAUUGGAGUCGCUUUUGUCCCAUCCUUCUUCUCAGAAUUCUGGAUCUGAAUCAUCAAGUUCUUUGGGGAGUCUAUUUGAUUCUGAUAAUGAAGAAACAGUUUCUCCUUUACUGUCUAGAGGAGAAGCUAACCAAGACAUCAAACCUGAGCUGGAUUCUUUCUCAGAAAGGAGCUCGUAUUUACUCAGGAUAAUGAAUUUCUCCCAGGAAGAAGUUGAUAUGGCAUUCAACCAGCUGGGUGAGGAAGCGCCACUUGAUCAGCUUGUGGAUUUGAUUGUCACUGCUCAAGGAGCAGGUUUCUCAGGAGGCAAGGAAAAUGGAGAUGCUACAAAUGAGGAAAUGGUUGAAUCGUUGUAUGGGGAAAUGGAUAAAAUUGUUUCUUUGCUCCGUAUGGGUUUUACCGAGGAAGAAGUGUCACUUGCUAUUGACAAUUUUGGUCAGGAAGCACCAGUCCAGGAGCUGGCUGACUCAAUUUUUGCAAGGCGUAUUGCCAGUACCAUUGAGCAGAAACAGGUCAAAACUGAGCCUGAAUUUCUAGGUGAAACAGAAACUGAGUAUUCAACAUCCCAUCAGAGGUUGAAUUACUAUGAUGAUGAUGAUGAUGACAAAAAAAGGGUGAAAAAGGCUAAGCAUGUGCUCGGAGAUGAUAGAGGAGCCUCAACUAGUCGUGUUGUCAGGCAGCCUAGCCUUACUCCUUGGUCAAGUGAUCGUUUUGGGUCAUAUAGAGAUGGGUCUAUGAAGGAAGAAGUUCAUGAAGUGGCAUCAGGCUCUCGUGCAAAUAUUCGUGGCGAUCUAGCCAAACCUCCAUAUUUCCUGUAUGGAAAUGUCAUUGACAUCACCAAAGACACAUGGCAUAAACUUUCAGGUUUCUUGUUGUGUGUGCAACCCGAGAUUGUGAAUACUCAGUUAUUCUCAGCUCUAUCAAGAAAAGAAGGUUAUAUUCAUAACCUACCAACAGAGAGAAGACGGGUUCUGAAGUCAGCAGGUACCAUUGAAGAAGCAUUGCCAUUCACAAGAAAGUUUUGGCCAUCAUGGGACAAGAGAAAGAAGAUUUAUGGUGUUAAUUUAGAAUUGGCAGGAACUGAAAAGAUUUGUGGGGAGUUGCAGAGAAUGAUAAGAGAUUCACGAGGAAAUCUUUCAGAAGAAAAGCAAGCGCGGACUAUACACCAGUGCAAGAUGGCAAAUCUUAUCUGGACUGGGCAAGACAGGUUGAGCCCUCUGCAGCCAGACCAACUGGAACGGAUAUUAGGUUAUCCAUCUAACCAUACAAGUUUGCCUAAUCUAAAUCCACAAGACAGAAUUGCUGCUAUGACAUACGCAUUUCAAACCGAUACCAUCGCUCAUCUCUUAUCGGUCCUAAAAAACAUGUAUCCAGAUGGGCUGAGGGUACUAUCUAUCUAUACUGGCGUUGGGGGAGCAGAGGUUGCUCUGCACCGUCUUGGUAUUCGACUGAAGUGUGUAGUGUCCGUUGAGGAAUCUGAUGUGAACCGGAAGAUCCUGAAACGGUGGUGGGCAAGAACAGAGCAGGCCGGAGAGCUGAAACAACUAGAUAGCAUCAAGAAGCUGAAGACCGAUCUUCUUGAGGAACUAAUGGAUAAAUUUGGUGCCUUUGACUUACUUGUUGGUGGAACCUACAGUUCAUGCAGAGGCGGGACUACAGUGAGUGCUAACAUGGGCAUGGACUCUGGUCAGUUCUUUGAGUAUGUUCGUGUUGUUCAAAGAGUGAGAAGUAUGCAUGGGCUGAAUUAGUUCUUUCCUUACAUCACUCUUUCCUUAACCAUCCAUCUUCGACAAGGUGUUGUUUAUGCAUCUUGUUCCAUUCUGUAGCAUUAUUUGGACCUGUGGAUGGUAGUAGGAUCGAGAUGUAGGCUUCGACAGCUAGAGAACUCUGUACUAUCUCUUUAUCAGUGAAUGAUGAAUGAUGAGUUAACUGUUCUUAA